UCGGAGUAUCCACAGAUGAUUGAAACGCAAAUAAAGACAUCAGUCACUUACCACACUCUUUCAACCUCCAUAGCGCAGCGUGUUGCAGGCCGCGUAGCGUUGUUACCUAAAUGUCGCAGAAUAAUUCUAAAAAUGGCAGUUAUAGAAAUUGAACAAGGAAAGGUAAAAGGAGUUCUGUGUGGCAGUAACGAUGGCAUAUAUGUUUCGUUUAAAGGAAUUCCAUAUGCAAAGCCGCCGCUCGGACCAUUAAGAUUCAAGGCCCCGCAACCCCCAGAGCCAUGGCAAGGUAUUCGUGAUGCAUCAGAGCAUGGGCCUGUGUGUCCUCAAUUUAAUGAACGUUUACAAAGUAUUGAGGCUGGCAGCGAAGAUUGUCUUUACCUUAAUAUAUAUUCUAAAUCGGUCCGGCCCUCGACCCCAUUGCCCGUGAUGGUAUGGAUCCACGGUGGCGCUUAUUACACGGGAUCUGGAAACUCCGAUUUUUAUGGUCCGGAUUUUUUUAUGAAGCACGACGUUAUCCUGGUAACAAUAAAUUACCGAUUGGAAGUCCUUGGAUUUUUAUGUCUUGAUAACGAAGAGGUUCCUGGUAACGCAGGUUUAAAAGAUCAAGUGGCUGCGCUGCAAUGGGUCAAAAAUAACAUAGGUGCGUUUGGAGGCGAUACGAAUAACAUAACGAUCUUCGGCUGCAGUGCUGGCGCUGCAUCGGUUUCAUUUCACUUACUUUCUAAAAUGAGCACUGGGCUAUUCAACAAAGCAAUAUGUCAAAGCGGCGUUUGCCUUAAUGAUUGGGCCUACAGUAUAUACGGUCGACAGCGAGCGUUUCAGCUAGGAAGACUGUUAGGUAAAGACACCGAAGAUACGGCCGAGUUGUUGGAAUUCUUAAGGAAUGUCCCAGUGUCUUCAUUAGUCAAUAUUAAAUUGCCCUUAGUCGAAACUAAUCACAGAGAUAUCACAGACGGCAUAUUUUUCGCGCCUGUUAUAGAAAAAUCUGAACUGAAUGUUGAAAAAUUUAUCACAGAAUCUCCGAUUGAUCUUGUUAAAAGAGGGUGUUUUGCAAAAGUACCUUUAAUUGUAGGGUAUACUUCGGGAGAAGGAAUAGAGUUAGGAAGAAGUUUCCCUGCGACUUUGGAUUUUUUAACAACUCUAGGCGCUGUGGUACCGAGAGAACUAAAACUAAAAUUCGACAUAGCAAAAUUACAGGACGCUGAUGAUAAAAUUCGCAAGUAUUAUUUUAAGGGCAAACAAUUGAAUGCAGAUAUGAUUAAAGAAGUGGUUAAUUUGGAAACAGACAAGCUGUUCGCGUACAAUAUUACUAGACUCGCACGUUAUUACAACUUCUCGUCCACGCCCGUGUAUUUGUAUAAAAUGACGGUUGAAACGGACAGAAACUUUACAAAAAAAAUAUACAAUAUGCAAUUUAUACCUGGAGUUUGUCACGCGGACGACCUUCCGUACCUUUUUAAUAUCACCUGUUUUGAUAUUCCAAUGACAGAAGAAUCGAAACAUGUUGUAGAAAACUUCGUCCAAUUAUGGUAUAACUUUGCUUCAACAGGAAAUCCUACGUCCACGAAUAUAGCGGUUGAGUGGAAACAGUUUACAGACAAAGAACGCGAGUGCUUUGUAAUUGACAAGACCCUAAACUGUAUUUCGAAUAUUGACGCAGAGAAUAUGAAUUUUUGGGAAAAUAUUUUCGAGGAAACUGUUUUGCCCUGAAUUAUUUUUGUCUUAUACACCUGGAAAGUAAUAAUGAUUCAAGUGUAAAUAUGAAAAACUUAUCCUAAUUUUAUCAAUAUACUAACUUUUUAAUGUUAAAGUAUAAUGCAUUAACAUUAUUCUCGAAUUAAAAAAA